UUGUGGGGGCGGGGAGAAGGCUCACAUGCGGUGUGUGGGUGCCAAAACCGACCCCGAACCCGAUGGGUGGCAUCCAUGAUUUGGACGAAAGUUGCAGGUGUCAAAUGAUUCAUAAUUAGAUGAUUUCAAAAUCCAUCACUAUGGUAUUUCUCCAUGCGGGUUUGUACAAUAUUACUAAAUGUAGUGCCAUACAUAUGUGGUAGUUUUUUAGCUUUCAACAUUUAGCAUCAGUGUUACAAAUGUCCAAUUUUAUCAUCAAUGUUCAUAAUAGACAUCCUAUUCAAAAUAGGAGUAUAGCCUUUUGUUCAUAACAUCAAACAAAUAUUGUUCUCUCAUAAACAACAUCCUUGCAAGUUCUAUGCAAUGGGUUAGAGUUCUAUGCAAUUAGUCGUAUUCACAAAAAAGACAUAUCUAAAAUAGUUUUUCCAUUGAUUUUUUCUUUUUAUAGAAAAAGGAAAAUGAAAGCGGCAGGGGGGCGAAUCCCCAAAUCCCGCCCCAACAUUCGACCCGGAGCCCCAAACCUCAAACCUCAAAGAACCAAGAACCGAGAGGGGGCGAAUCCCCAAAUCCCGAGCUCCCUCCCAUGGAGAGCGACGAGGCCGCCGCGCGCUUCCUCGUGGCCGUCCCCGGAGGCGGCGGCGGGAGCGAUUUCUUGAGCAGACUCCCCGACCACCUCCUCGUCGACAUCCUCCACCGCCUCUGCACCAAGGAAGCAGUCGCGACGACCGUCCUCUCCAGGCGAUGGCGCGCCGUAUGGGCUGGCCUCCCCCACCUCAACUUCGACGACGUCGACCCCUCCGCGCCCGCCCGUGCCCUCGCUUCGUACCAGGACCUCGCCGCGUUCGAGAUCCAGCGCCUUGCCGUCUCACCCAAUCAGGUGGACGCGCAGGAGACCUCCGCCUGGCUUGCCCUCGCCGCGCCCCUCCUCUCCGGCCCGCUAGACUUGAACAUCAGCCGUGCUCUUUCGAAGGAGGCAUUGGAUAACCUGCUCAUGGGGGGCGGGGACGGCGACCAGGAGGCUGUGGAGUUCCCCUGCUUCGAGAGAGCCACGGAGGUUCGGCUUGACCUGGCGUUUCUUGCCCCAGCGCUGCCACCAGUUGGCGUCUUCCAUGCGCUUAGGUCAAUGUUCCUGCAUAACUUUCGAUGCCAAGGCCAGAUUAUCCUGAGUGCUAUGAUGCUUCCAUCGUUGCAACAUCUGACCAUGAACAGGGGCCGUUGCUUGAACGUGCUGAUCAACUCCGAAUUCCUGAUAUGUGUUCACCUAUCCUACUUGAUGCUACUCCAGCAGCUUGCCAUCGUGGCUCCAGGACUCCAGCAGCUAGAGGUGGUGCACUGCUUUUAUGAUGCGCCUAUACCAGUUGCCAACAUCGAUGCAGAGAGGUUGCAGGUUCUCAGCUGGGAAGUGCCUUAUGAUGCAGAGUUUGUUCACCUUGGAGAGAUGCCAUGCCUCUGGAGGCUCCGAGCCCCUCCCAUCUCCAUGUUUAGAUGGCAAGCAAUUCAGAUGGCUUAGAUUUGUGCAAGAUUUCUAAAACGCUUUGCAGCAGUUAAUCAUCUGGAGCUUCAAAUGAGUCUUGGCUGUGCCACUGAGAUUGAAUUGCGUUGUGAUGAAGCAAGAUCUUGUUGCAACAUGAGGUUUGCUCAAAAAUAACUAUUGACUAGUAUGAAAUGCACAAGCAUAACUGGAGCAGAAAAGAAGCAAUAGGAGUUUAGAAACAACACUGUUGGUGUAGGGUAUACUUCCAGUUGUUUGAGUUUGUACACUUUUACAUGUGCAAGUAUCCUCAGCAAAUAGGAGUUCAGAAACAGCAUGGUUGGUAUUGUAGGAUAUACUUCCAGUGGUUGUGUUUGCACGUUUAUACAUGUGAAAGUAUCCUCCAGGAAAGCGGAAAAUAGGAGUUCAGAAACAGCACUCUUGGCAUUGUAGGAUAUACUUUCAGCGGUUCGAGUUUGCACGUUUAUACAUGUGAAAAUAUCCUUCGGGAAAGCGGAAAAUAGGAGCUCAGAAACAGCACUUUUGGUAUCCUACACUUUAGUGGUUUGAGUUUGCACUUUUAUACAUGUGCAAGUAUCCUUCAGGAGCGACAUUCUUGGUUUUGAAGGAUAUGCUAGUUGGUUUUUAGAUAUGUAUAUAUUCCCCUUUUCCAAAAAAAUAUAUGUAUGUAUUCCAAGGUUGUCAGAGAGUCUAGAAGGAAAAGAUCGAAAGUUAAGGCUGAUGCAGUUUCUCAAAUGUUCACUGAGUGUAAAUUCACCGAGGAUCAGUAAAAGAAGCUUGGACAAAGUUUGGUCAGUCAGUAUCUCAUUCAUUUCUGAAGUGUGGUCAAGAAAAUUAAAUUGAUGCUAGUAAUUGAGUUCUCGACAAAGGAUUAUUUGUUGCCUUCAACUCACUGUCACUUGUCUUUGGUGUGGAAACUGAAGUUUACAAUUGUGGGUGCUAGUUUAAUUGGGAGUGCACACAUUUUAGAUAUACCCUCUCUGGGUUCUCGAGACUAUAAAGAACAUCUUUACUUUCAAGCUACUUCAUUAUCUCAUGACUGGAGUUCACAUAUUGUAUUGGAAAAUGGUAAUUCUGAAACUACUUCUAUUUCUGUUUCUGGAUAUUGGGUGGUGCAAACAUGUAUGUCAAGCCGAAGAUGGAAGGGUCACUCCUCUUGAUGGGAGACUUAACCAUCCCUCACGUGAAUGUCUUGGUGUUAUCCUUAGAAACAAAUGGGCAUGCAUUUGAAAGAAGUGUACUGCGAUUGCUCACAAAGUGCUCCUGUAUAAGAAAGCUAAUCUUAUCAUUCCAAGUUCUAGAUGAGGUGAAAAAUUACUGUUUACAAGGCUGCAUUUGCCAUACAGAACCAGGAGUUGACAUUGUUCCGUUGAGCGCUCUGACAAAAGUGGAUAUCGUCAACUACUUAGGGACUCCAGCUCAACUUUAUGUUGUCGAACAGCUAUUGGCAAGGGGGCCGAGGAUUAGAUUGAUGAGAAUAAUAAUCUCGGAGGCUGAUGAUCCUUCACUAGGCACCAUCGAAAGCUUAUGCCCUGCAGGUUGUCUGCUUGAGCUGGUAUGGUGUUACAAGAGUAGACCUGUAGAGGAAUAGGUGACCUGAUACCUGACUGCUAUUAGAGCUGUGAAGAAUACAUUUUUUGUUUUGUUUUGUUUUGAGGGAUGCACACAUCUAUCCGUGAGAGACCGAAGAUGAAUGCAUACAUAUGCUCAGUAUCAUUGUAUACAGUGGGUAUAUACGGAAUCAUGAAUGAUGACUGAAAUAAAAGAAUCACAUAUACUGGAAUUAUUCAUAUAAUGGAUGUGACCAGUUCAGUGUACUUA